UGAAUGAGUUGGUGUUCUAAAACUUUUUAAAAUAAUUUUGGUUGUGCAGAAUUGGGCAGAUCAUGAUUGAUCGUACAUUCCAGCACAGUAGGUGGCGGCACACAGUUACACGAUUGUUUGGGGACCUCCAUUAUAUCAUAGAAGAAGGAGACAACCGGGCCUAGGACCCAGGGGCUGUGAGCGGCAGCACUGCCCCUACCCUACAAACACUUCCAUAGAAAGAAAACAAAUUAGAAAAAAAAAAAAAAAAUAGGAGACCUGUUCAGACACAUGGUUUGCUUUCUUGAUCACUAGCGGAGCUAACGAAAACAUUCAAAUUUGCAAUGGGACACUACAGUGGAUGGAUUGUUUCGGUGUUGAUAAGGAUACAACAUUUGACGUCGCUUUGGGGGUAAAUGGGGGGCACUGAGCACAACAUUUGCAGGCGGACAUCAGCUGCAUGCAUGUCUUUGGCAAAGAAAGUUUCGAGCGCAAUGCAAAUCUUUGACAAUGACUGGUGUUUACACGUACAACCACCCGGUCUUGACUUGGAAGGCUACCGGAGAGAUACGAUGCUGUUUUUAUUUUAUAGUGGCCAUGGUCGAAACUGUCUGUAAACGGAAUGAAAAUAAGCACAAGAGAGCGCGUCAUGCUGAACUGUAAAGAGUUAUUGUUGUGUAUUGAAAUUUGACGAAAGCACAGGACCUACCGAAGCAAACAUUUAACGAGGAAACAAUUGUAGACGUUGUUUGACAAACUUUAUAUGUUCAUGAAUGAUACAACUGACCUGAUUUGUUUGAAGAAAUUGAUACAUUAUGUCUGAAUAAGGAUACAAUGUGACACUGCAAUCCAUAGCCUACUUUCCUGCCUAAAACGGAGCCAUCCAUCCGCCCUACAGUUCUCAAUUAUCUGACGUUGUUUUUGUUCAGUGAGAGGGCCAUGGCAGAAGUGGGCGACCACGUCGAAAAUAUCUCGGACGUCGAGCAAUCCCACCAUGAAACCGCCUCUGAAAAUGGAGUCAUGUUGGUUGUCAACCACAGUAACAUUCAGCCCCCUUUCAGCGUGGUGUUGGCCACAUUGUUGUAUUGUGCAGAGUUUGUCUGCGCAGCGGUGCUUUGCAACGUUUACCACAAGAGCGAUGACGACAUCUGGAUGGGGUCAACCAUCACCUUCAUGUUGGUGCCCGCUGUAUUGACUCAGUUGGCGCUGACAUUCAUUCAUAGAGAUUUAGGAAGAGACCGCCCCCUCGUCCUCUUCUUGCAUCUACUACUCCUGGGCCCACUUAUUAGGUGUUUUGAGGCUCUGGUGGUUUACUUCAAAGCGGGUAAAGAGGAGGAGCCGUAUGUGACCAUCUCCAGGAAGAUCAAGCUGAAGAAGGACCAGGCCACGCCCAUGGAGUGGGAGAUCGGCCACUCGGAGCGCAAGCUUGCCACCCACCGUAACGCCUUCAAACGCACCGCCGUCAUCCAGGCCUUCCUGGGAUCCACACCCCAGCUCACCCUGCAGCUGUACGCCAACAUCCAGGAGAAGUACUUCCUCCCUAUCAGACUGACUUUGAUGGUCAUCUGCCUCAUCUCCAUCACCUACGGGGCCCUGGUGUGCAGCGUGUUGGCCAUCAACAUCCGCUACGACGACUACAAGGUGCGGCUGCGCCCAGCCGCCUACCUCUGUAUGAUCCUGUGGCGGGGCCUGGAGAUCGCCACACGCGUCACCUCCCUGGUGUUGUUCAGCUCCGCGCUCACCUAUUGGGUGAUCCUCGUGGGCCUGGGCAACCUGCUUUUCUUCUUCCUGCAGCCCUGGGCUGAGUUUUGGUCUCGACGCGCCUCGCUGCCCGACAAUGUGGAGAAGAACUUCAGCAAGCUGGGCACCACGGUGGUGCUGUCGCUGGUCACCUUCCUGUACGCCUGCAUCAACGUCUUCUGCUGGUCGGCCGUGCAGCUAGACCUGGGCCACCGCGACCUCAUCGAGAUGAAGCAGCACUGGGGCCGCCUGGCCGCCUACUACGGCGGACGCUUCCUGGAGAACAGCGUGCUCAUCGCCCUCUGGUACUUCUACAAGUCAGACUUCUACUCGUACGUGUGCGCCCCGUUGCUGGUGGCCCAGCUGCUCAUCUGCUACAGCCUGGCCGUGCUCUUCAUGCUACUCUUCUACCAGUUCUGCCACCCGUGCCGGCGUCUCUUCAGGCACAACGUGCACGACUGCCUGGCCUGCGUCUGCUGCUGUCGGAGGGGUGUGGGGAGAGCGGGGGAGGGGCAUCCCCACUCCUAUUCCACCACUGCCACCAUGGUGCUGGUGCCGCUGGAGCCGCCAGACCUGCAACCCCCUGACCUCACCAGCCAGCUGGGGGAGCACGAGACUGCAAUCGCUGAAGACAUGGAGGCGGCUUGAGAAGGCCCCACAUUGUGAUUUGAUGAUAUAGGGCCACUGCUUGGUGCAGCUACUGAACUAAUGGCUAUGUACACUCA